AGGUGACUUCUUCCUUCUGGGUGGCAACAUGGGGCGCACUGAGAGCACAGCUGGGACAGUCAGUCACCCUGUUCUCUGUUUUUCUGCCCAGUGACCCCUGGUCAGCUAGGAGGAACAGUCGCAGAAAAAGUGAAGUCCUGUUCAGUCCCAAACUGGAAUACGGCCAGUAUCCAUGGGAUCUUUGGAGAAUUUAGUAGCUAAACUCUCAAGUCUGUACUGAGCAUGUGCACACUAUGAUUUUUCAAGGGCAUGUAACUUGGCCAAAUUUGUGCAGAUUUUCUCAGGGGCAGUAAAAAGGCAAAUUCCUGUUGUAAGAGCAGCCCCCUUCCAAAUUUCAAGACCCUUUUUCAAAGCAUGUUGGGGCUACACCUUCUUAAACAGUUGCAAGAAAGUUUUCACAAGUGUGAAACAUUUUUCCCCCCAUAAACUCGUUUUAAGAAAUGGCUGAGCUGUUUUUACUGAAAUGUUCUCAAAAAAUUAAGCAAGAGGCAGACACUCACCAUGGAAAAUUUCCAUGCAAAUAUUUGAAGUUAGCAAAAUGAUAAGCGACUAAAAACAGGGUCUCAUAAUGGGACGUGAUAGGAAAUGGAAAGUUUCAGUUUGUAGAGUCUUUCUAUAGCAAUUCUCACAGGGGGUCUCUAGGCAGCUCUGGAGCAGGCUGUGUUGGGAGUCCCUCAUAUUGUCCUGGUUUAUUGUGGCAAAACUUUAUUAUGUUUCUGUGAGAGUUGAGGAUGAUGUUGAAGCUGUGAUAAUUGAAAAUUCUGAAAUAGAAGAUACAGAAAAUGGACUGUCCACACAAGGCUGCGUGUCAGUGGAACAAAAUGCUCAAGUAAACAGUGAUGAUCACUACAUGACUCAACUUGCUUAUGGAGGGGAAGGUUUGUCAGUACUGAGUGAGCCAGUGGUGUCACAGAUGAGCCAUUCUACAAGUGUGCAGAGAGAUGGUCAGAACCCAGAAGAAAUGGAGUAUGUUUUUUUGCAUAAAAGACGACGACUUACCCCCUCUCUGGUGAGAAAUAGCAUGAUAAGAUCCAGGGAAACAGAAUAUGAAGAUGGUGGAAGUGUCAUUUAUGAGUAUGAACCAGAUUAUGAAUGUGGAAGUGUGUCUGAAGCGUCCUACACAGGAGAUCAGCAGAAAACCCUUAUGGAAGUCCUCAACUAUUGUCAGGCCAUGUAUGAUGCCAUUCAGAAGUUGGAUAAGAAAUUUGAUCUGCUUCAUCGAAAGGUUUCAGAAAUGCAACACACCCGGAUGAAGCCAUUGCUCCUCAAACCUAGGCCCAUUGGAUUUACGUACAGAAGUUCCAAUCAUUUACCCCAUGGAAAAAUUAGAGUACAGAAACCAAUGGAAAGAGAGUCAAGUCUUCAUAUCUCUCCCCCUGGACAAGGAGGGCCUAGCACAUCAAUGAGGGUUAGGCUACAAAAGAGCCAUCUCCAGGCCAACUCUGCAAUAAAACCUGUUCAACAAACUCUUCAACUUGAAUCGCAACAACCUUUGCUUAGGCAAAGCCCACCCCUACCCACUAUAGUCUCCACUCACUCACUGCAUCCACCAUACACUGUGGCUAACAGGAUCCCUGACCUUCCUCCACAACCAAGUCUUGUAACCACAGUCAUGGAAAGCACUGCCAAUGUAGCAUCUUCAGCGGUGGGUUCCCCAAUGGUGUCGUCGGUGAUGCCAACCCCAUCUGAAACCAGUUUGGGGAGAAACACCAUGAUGAUGAAUUACAGGGCCACACCGGGAAGUGCGAAUAUUAGUAAAGAACUGCCAUCUUCUUCUGUCUCUAUCAAUCCUAGUUUUGAAUAUGUUGGUGACCCAAAGAGAAAUGUAAAGGUUCUUGGAAACUAUUUGAUGAAAGCCCGACAAAAGACCAAACCGAAGUAUGCAGCACGUUACCUAGUCCGUGUCUUGUUCCCCAAGGAAACGUUGCUGUGUAGCAUUAUGGGUGUCAGUGCCCGGGGGCGCAGAACGUUGGAUCCUAACAAGGUUGCUGCGGUUAGAGAAUUUCUUGCAACUCAUUUCCCAAAUUAUGACCUGAGUGAAUAUGGAAGAGACUGGAAAACCUGCAUCACAAACGUCAAUGCCAUGAUCCGCUGCUUACGCUGUGAAACCAAAAUAAACCCAGAGACUACUGAAGGGAAGGAGAAACCUGCUGACACUCCAGACACAUCUAUUUGUGUGGAUUUAAACUAUAAUGGGGAAGAUAGUGAUGUCAAUUCUCAAUCCUCUCAGAAAAUGACCAGUUCAACAACAAACAGACUUCAGAGUACCACAUGGGAUAAAGUCCCCGAGAUGUUCCAUGCACCUUCAUCCAAUAAACUACAGUCUUUGGAACCAAUGGAACAUCUUGGGAGUCCAUGGCGCAAUGUUCAGUUACCCUUCUCAGUUAUUUAUGUAGCCAAGGGGAAGUCUCGGCCAGAGUUGUCAGCUCGCUAUCUGAUUCGCCAUCUCUUCACAGAAGAUGUAUUGGUGAAGAGCAAUGUGUAUGGUAAUCUGGAACGUGGCAUGUGUCCACUGGACUGCAACAGGAUCAAUGCUCUCAGAGACUUUCUUCAAGAGAACUACCCAUCCUUUGAUCUAAAGGAAACUGGAUAUGAUUGGAAAGCAUGUGUGGCUGCCAUAAACAGUACAAUCCGCAGUCUUAGACAUGACCAUAAGAAGGCUGCAAUUGGAGUCCGAAAGAAAGUUUUGGCCACACCGCCAUCAAGUGAAAAGAGUCCUCCGCAAAGCCCUACUUCAGUAAAGCCGUAUGAAAGUGACACUAUCAACCUUACAGACUAAAAUGCUACAUGUCUUACAACCAUCUGACAUCUAGCUGCAGUCAUGCUGAGGUUGUUCAAAAUACUAUACAGAAGCCAAUCUUGUCGGGUUGUCCCCAGCACUAUAUAAUAUACUCCACGAGGCCAAAAUGGCGGAAGACCUGGGGUCCCUCCCUUCUUGAGCAACUGGCACUCAUUCCCAUCAUAGAGAUGCCUUACUCCAUUCAUAGUUGGUUGCAUGAUGAGCACUUCACUGAAAGUAGGUGCUUGUCAGACAAGUAUUGGCCCCAGAAGAGAGAAUUUUGCCUUAAGGAAGUACGCUGCACAGAACAGGAAAGAGAAAAUGAUUGUCCCCCUGAACAAAAGAAUAAGGAUUUAAAAGCCUAUCUGGGUCAAACUUGUUAUGUUUGGGGAAGGAAACUUGUUCUAACAGCUGGAUAAUAUAAUUGAAAAAACUUAUAACAUAGAAAGGAGAGUGUGAUUGGUAUUGCACCAUUUUGAGUUGUCAGACAUCUCGUUUUUUUCUCCCAUCCUACAGCAGAGAUUUUUUUUGUAGGAUAAGGGAAGAUGAGGGCAACUACAACAAAUACAAUUGCUGGUAAGUAAUAUUUUUCCUCUUCCCGAUGGUUGGCUCUUGUCUGGAAUGAAUAUUAAAAAAGAAUAUUUUUGUAUAUAUAUAUUCUGGUUCUCUUUUACUCAGUGUAAAGUACAAAAUAUAUCCUUUUGAAAGGAUAAUCAAGGACUAGCAUACCAACAUAACCCAUUGUUCUGUGUUUGUUACAUGUCCCCCUCUGUGUCUAAUCCAUCGAGGAUAGGAGUCUGUUUGAGCUUCCCACUAGAGAACUUGGGUCCUAGGUCCACCGAUGAAGACAAUGGAAGGCUUUCCAUUGGCUUCACUGGGCAUGGCAUCAAGCCAUCGGUCCUUUAGCUCAAGCUAAAGAGACUCAUGCUUUAGCUCUGUAUAUCCUGGCUCAUGAUUAAGAUGACAAUUGUUACACCUAUCCAGACUCACCUAUAAUAGUCACAACUUUUAAGUUUCUGGGCAGUUUGUGUGAACUAUCAAGCAUAUUUGCUCUGUUUUUUGUAGGUUGUUAGUAGUUAGAAGCAUUUGACAUCCCAACCUUACAAAGCCAUACCCUGAAAGGUGAAAAUGCAGACUCUCUUUUCAGACAUUGUUUGUCUCCAAGUUAGUCAGGAUUGCUGGAACUUUGUCCCUCAAAAAUAGUUACAUAUGUUCCUUUUUUCCUCCCUCCUCUAUAAGAUUUUAUACAUAAUAUGUUAAUAAAGCAUCUUAUUUUGGAAAUUACUUGACUGUUAUAGUCAUAAUAAAUAUGUGAAUAGAAAAUAACUUUCCUUCCAUUUUUUACAUGACUGUAUAUACAUUUAGGCUUAAAUGAAUCAUUUGAAUGGAUUUAUUUUCAUUAUCGACUUUAUGCCAUUAUUGUUUAAUCCUCAAAUUAACAUUUGAAGUAGUUUGUUGGUCAUAAACAAGAACAACUCUAUCAUUAUUCUUCGUUAGGAUCCUCCUUGCAAAAUACCAACAGUUUUAGAAUCUAGUCUCUAGGUAUUUCCAGUUACAAAAAUCAGAAAAAUACCAAAAAUGCUUAGAUUUUUUUUUCCGGUAUUUGUAGAGAAUUUUUCCACUGUCAUCCACAGAUGUAAAUGUCAGAAUGGCAUAUUUUUAGGCUUAGCUAACUAGCACUGAAUUCUGUCAAUGUGAUGUGUACCUCUAUCUUCCAUUUUGAAGAGACCCAAAUAACUGAACAAAAAAUAGUAAUAGUUUCCUCAUAAUUGUACCAAUUUUUGCUAACUUUUGUAAAAUGUAUUUUGCCCUUAGGAAAGAAUAUUUUACAAAUAAAACUAGAAUAUAUU